GCGGCGGCCGGGGAGGGGGCGCGCAGCCCGAGCCCCGCCGCCGUGUCGCUCGGCCUGGGCGUGGCCGUGGUGUCGAGCCUGGUGAACGGGUCCACCUUCGUGCUGCAGAAGAAGGGCAUCGUGCGCGCCAAGCGGCGAGACCCAAUCGCUUUGCAGCCGUGCAGCCCACCGACCUGCCCUCUGGUUGGCGCCCAGGCGUCCCUGUCACCCGCACCCACCGGCUGCUAGGGAAAGCUUCCUGUUUGCAGUAUCCCCCGAAUGGUCGGAGCCCAGUGCCUGCUCAGAAGGAGCGACGGGCCUCCCGCCUUUGCUGUGACUCCAGCCUGGGGUGCACUUGGAGGGCAGGACCUGCUGACUUCUCGCCCCCUGCAGUGGCCACGCCAGUGCAGAAGUACCUCCUAUUUAACAGACAUUGUGUGGUGGGCAGGAACAAUUGCAAUGGCUGUUGGCCAGAUUGGAAACUUCCUGGCUUACACGGCGGUCCCCACAGUCCUGGUGACUCCUCUUGGUGCCCUUGGAGUGCCAUUUGGGUCCAUUUUAGCGUCUUACCUUCUGAAAGAAAAGCUCAACAUCUUGGGCAAGUUGGGGUGUCUACUAAGCUGUGCGGGUUCUGUCGUGCUGAUUAUCCACUCCCCGAAAUCUGAGAGUGUGACCACUCAGGCCGAGCUGGAGGAGAAGCUGACCAACCCAGUGUUUGUGGGCUAUCUGUGCAUCGUGCUGCUGAUGCUGCUGCUGCUUAUCUUCUGGAUCGCGCCGGCCCACGGGCCCACCAACAUCAUGGUCUACAUCAGCAUCUGCUCCUUGCUGGGGAGUUUCACCGUGCCUUCCACUAAGGGCAUUGGGCUGGCAGCCCAAGACAUCUUCCACAACAAUCCGUCUAGUCAGCGUGCCCUCUGCCUGUGCCUGGUGCUUCUGGCCGUGCUUGGCUGCAGCAUCAUCGUGCAGUUCAGGUACAUCAACAAGGCCCUCGAGUGCUUCGACUCCUCUGUGUUUGGGGCCAUCUACUACGUUGUGUUCACCACACUGGUCUUGCUGGCCUCGGCCAUCCUCUUCCGGGAGUGGAGCAACGUGGGUCUGGUGGACUUCCUGGGCAUGGCCUGCGGGUUCACCACCGUCUCCGUUGGGAUUGUCCUUAUACAGGUGUUCAAAGAGUUCAACUUCAACCUUGGGGAGAUGAACAAAUCUAAUAUGAAGACAGACUAGGAUGUAACAGGGGGUUGGAUGGCUUGAGGAACAGGAAAUGGAUGCAGCUUCUGGUCCUGAUUUGUUGUGAAGUAGAAGAGACUGUACAUCGCUGGUGUUGGAGUUGCCUGUAUAUUAAUGGAUGGGCUGGUGGAGAGUGAGGAUACGUUGCUCAGCACUGGGGUGGGGGCCCAGCCUUCUGUACUCUGAAGCUGCUCAGUGGUUGCCUGGGUGUCAUCUCUCUCUGAUGAGAGGAAUCUUAUGUUCAUUGCCAUUAACCUGGAAGCUUUCAUGAAUACUCUUUGCUUUUAAAACACUUCAUCAUUAUUUAAAUAGAAUGGGCCUUUUCUGAUUAGUCUUUGCAGGGGAACAGAUACUCUUACUUAGAAGCUUACUUUGGAAAUGGGAGAAAUUGUUGUCUUGAAGUCUGACUCUACAGUAAAUGUGUCUGUAGUUUUGUUAUUUUGCAUUAAGCAUGUAUAACAUUCAGGUGUCGGAUCCAAAUCAGAGGUAUAUACAUUUAAUUGGUUUUAAUCCUCUGAUGUAUUGACUCUCCUACCCCCAACUCCUAGACAUUUUAAUUGCAAACAGAGAGAGAAGAGUGAAUGGAAAUGAUAUACUGUUCCAUUUGCAGGAUGAUUUUCAAUAGCUCAAAUCAAUUUCAGUGCCUUUAUUACUUGAACUAUUCACUUAAUUUGACUAUUACUGUGUGUAUGUUCUCUUAGAUUAGAAUAAUGCAGCCUCCUUGUUUAUACUUUAAUAUUUCACUCUUCAAAAUAUAAAUAUUCAAAGCAGUUAGAAAUUAUAGUGUAUUCAUUCACUGGAAGAGAGUCAAGACUAAGGGCACAUUGGAGUGAAUCGACCCUUUCAGCCUGUAGUUGUGGUCGAAUUAAAGACAAUUGACUAAGUA